CAUCAAAAUAUUUAGAUUCUUAUCUUAACCACAGAUUACAGAGUUAACACAUCGAAGUCGUUUCUUCAGUUAGUUAUUUUUCCACCUUGUGUUUAAAAUUAUCUAUUUCAAAGUUUACUUUUGUUAUUGAAAUGUCCCUUAGAGUUGAUGAAGCUUUUUGUGAUGAAUGUGGAUCGAUCCUGCCAGUAUUGAGCAAAGAUGGGGUUACUUGUUUUUACUGCAAGAAGAUAUUUAAUACAACAGUGUUCAAGGAUGCAACAGUCAAAUAUAAAAUAAAUUUCAAUGGAGAAAUUAUGGAGGACAGUAGCUUCCAAAGCAUCCUUGAACAACACAUCGAAGGUCCUGUUGUGGAAAGAAAGUGCCCUAGGUGCAAUAAUGACAGGAUGUCAUAUGCGACAUUACAGUUGAGGUCCGCUGAUGAAGGACAAACUGUUUUUUAUACAUGCACUAGUUGCAAAUUCAAGGAAGCUGAGAACUCUUGAAUAAAAAUGUUCAAGGAUGCAACAGUCAAAUAUAAAAUAAAUUUCAAUGGAGAAAUUAUGGAGGACAGUAGCUUCCAAAGCAUCCUUGAACAACACAUCGAAGGUCCUGUUGUGGAAAGAAAGUGCCCUAGGUGCAAUAAUGACAGGAUGUCAUAUGCGACAUUACAGUUGAGGUCCGCUGAUGAAGGACAAACUGUUUUUUA